CCCAAAUAAAGAACAUUCAUUUUAAAGUUGUGUUUCUCAACUCAGAUUCAAUGGAGGGAGGUCCUCAUAAAGCAAAUAAAACAGAAUUCACAGAAUGUUGGAGGAUGAUAUGGAGAACGCCAUACAUUAUGCUGCUUGCCAUGUCUGCCGGCAUUGGGGGAUUUCUGUUUGGUUACGAUACUGGUGUUAUUUCUGGUGCGUUGCUGUAUAUUCGGGAUGACUUUGAAGCUGUUGAGAAGUACACAUGGCUUCAGGAAAUGAUUGUGAGCAUGACAGUGGCAGGUGCGGUUGUGGGUGCUGGAUUUGGUGGAUGGCUGAACGACAAGUUGGGUCGGAGAAAAUCGAUUAUAAUAGCUGAUGUGUUGUUCUUUUUUGGCGCUGUGGUGAUGGCUGCUGCCCCGGCUCCGUGGGUCAUAGUAAUCGGAAGAUUUCUGGUGGGUUUGGGGGUCGGAAUGGCGUCCAUGACUGCACCGCUUUAUAUCUCAGAGGCUUCACCCGCUAAGAUUCGAGGAGCUCUAGUCAGUGCUAAUGGUCUGCUACUCACUGGGGGACAGUUUCUGUCUUAUCUUAUCAACUUAGGAUUCACCAGGGUACCCGGCACUUGGCGUUGGAUGCUUGGAAUAGCGGGAGUUCCCGCUGUAGUUCAACUCGUACUCAUGUUCUUUCUCCCCGAGUCUCCUAGGUGGUUGUAUCGCCAGAACAAGGUAGAUGAAGCCAGGACGAUUUUGGAGAAGAUCUAUUCUGCGGAUGAAGUUGAGCAAGAGCUGAGCGCUUUAAAGGAGUCGGUUGAGCACGAGAAGGCGGAAUCCAAAGCUAUAGGAGACAGCACGGUGGCUAAACUAAAGAACGCUUGGGGAAACAUUGUGGUUCGCAGGGGUCUGUAUGCUGGCGUAACCUGUCAAGUUGCUCAGCAAUUCGUCGGGAUCAACACCGUCAUGUAUUACAGCCCGACCAUUGUGCAACUAGCCGGUUUUGCCUCCAACAGGACCGCCAUCGCCCUCUCUAUCAUCACGUCUGGGCUCAACGCUGUUGGAACCGUGAUUAGUAUGCUACUCGUGGACAGGUACGGGAGGAGGAAAUUGAUCCUCUACUCGAUGAUUGGUACCACAACGUGCCUCGUCGUAUUAUCUGUCCUGUUUCAACAAGCCAGCGUCCAUUCCCCGCCAGUCAGUGUCUUCGAAUCUAAUCACUUCGGAGUAAACACCACAUGCUCGAGUUUCUUGAAAGCACCAAACCCGGCAUCCUGGAGUUGUAUGUCGUGUCUACAGAAAUCCGACUGCUCCUUUUGCAGUAACUCAGCCAGCCAAUAUCAACCCGGGGCAUGUUUAUCUAAGACGGAUGCCAUCGAAGGGAUGUGCAAGUCAGAAAGACGAGAAUGGUACACACAAGGUUGCCCAAGCAAGUUUGGUAUAUUUGCAGUGUUACUCCUGGGACUGUACAUCAUAUCCUAUGCACCAGGGAUAGGAACCGUUCCUUGGAUUGUCAACUCCGAGAUUUACCCUCUGAGAUACCGAGGCAUUGGCGGAGGAAUCGCCGCCGUCUCUAACUGGAUGUCCAACCUCGUAGUAAGCCAGACAUUCUUAACACUCACCGAGGCUAUCGGGCCGUGGGGCACAUUCCUGUUGUUUGCGGGAUUUGCGCUCAUCGGUCUCAUAGCCAUCUUCUUCCUCGUGCCCGAAACCAAAGGAUUGCCAUUCGAGGAGGUUGAGAAGAUGCUCGAGAAAGGGUUCAAACCCAAGAUUUUCGGUAGAAAAAAGUCAAAGGAUACAGCAGCGCCUCCUCCAUCAUAGGGUUAUGUUUUCUCCGAAAAAGAAAAUACUUAUAAUGUCAUGUUUUCUCAAAAAAAAUUAAAAAUACUUAUAAUGUCAUGUCAUGUGAGCUAUUACUUUUAGUUAUUAUUACUUAAUAAUCAUUAUCAUCACGGAUAUU